UUCGAAGUAUUAAAGGUUGUUCUUUGUUGGUCUCUUGAAGAUGCUUCAACCGAUGGAAAAUGGUGCUACACCGUGUUCUGGGUCGUCGGGAAGCCUAAUACGAGGUUGGGUCUAUUGAAGGAGAGGCUAGUCGAAGUAUGCCCCACUUUUGCUUCCGCGUCUGCGAUCUCUUUCUUCUACAGCUCUCAGAUUCAGUCCCCGAGGCCUCCCGAUGUCUUCCUCUUGAAGUUCUGCUGCUAUGACCAGAGAGGCCUUCUACAUGACGUAACAUGGGUUCUAUCAGAACUGGAGCUUACAAUCAAGAAAGUUAAGGUCUCCACAACCCCGGAUGGGAAAGUGAUGGACCUGUUCUUCGUCACUGAUAGCAGGGAGCUCUUGCACACGAAGAAGAGGAAGGAUGACACCAUCGACCACCUGAGAAGUGUUAUCGGGGAUGCGAUGAUAAGCUGCGAGAUCGAACUGGUGGACUCCGAAGUUGCGUCAUGCUCACAGGCUGCUGGCUUUCUUCCCUCUAUAAUCACUGAGGACAUGUUCCAAAGGGAAAUGCCUCUGAAACCGCUCGAUGGCUUGAGCACAUCUGAGAAUGUUUCCUUAACGAUAGACAACCUGCUUAGCCCUGCUCAUACGCUUGUCCACAUAUGUUGCCAAGAGCGGAAAGGGCUUCUUUACGACAUAAUGCGAACACUGAAAGACUUCAACAUUCAAAUUUCUUACGGGCGCUUCUCGUUGAGACAAAGGAGGAGCUGUGAGAUCGAUCUCUUCACAAUGCAAGCAGAUGGAAAGAAGAUUGUUGACCCGAGCAAGCAGAUGGCAUUAGCGUCCCGCUUAGAGUCGGAGCUCAAUCAGCCUCUAAGAGUAGCAGUAGUGAGUCGCGGGCCUGACACAGAAUUGCUAGUGGCCAAUCUUGUGGAGUUAUCAGGGAAGGGACGGCCGCUUGUCUUCUAUGACAUAACCUUUGCUCUCAAGAUGCUCAACACCUGCAUCUUCUCGGCGGAAAUCGGGAGGCGCAUGAUUGGGGACAGGGAAUGGGAAGUUUACAGAGUCCUGCUUGAUGACAGGGAAGGGGAAGGCCUCUCCGUUCCUCAAGUCAAGAUCGAGGAAGAAGUUUGGAAGACGCUGAUGGGCUGGGAUUGAUCACCAUGGAUCCAAAACUAUGCCUCACGUCUUCACAUCCAGUGCAAUUUCUUAACUGGUGGACGCUUUCUUCUGUCAGAAUGACUAGUAAAGGUGGCAAGCUCGUAUAAAAGAGAGUCGAGAAGACGAAGAGAUCCGCUUUUACUCUAGAGGGAUAAUCGGUUUGAUUUCAGUUUAUACUUGUUUCAAGUACAUACUGCAAUGGGCUUGCUAUGGUCAAGAGCUAAAGAUGGUUGUUAAGCUGGCAGUUUCUCUUUUAUCUACUGUGUAAUUUGUACAGAGUUGUACAUAACUUCUGUAUUUAUACUAGCAGGUCGUAUAUAUAAAAAUAUCCAAGUAUUACGAACCA